CCAUUAUUGUGCCCACGUAUGCACCUGAAUGAGCUUAGUGCAGUAGUCCGUACCCCUCAACGUGGGUGUAUGGAGCCGAGUCCGAGGAAGUAUUGAUUCCAUGCCAUGUCUUCUUCACAAAGUCAAGUACUGAGAGUAUCUCUCCAUGAUUUAUUUGGAAGUGGUAUUCUUCUCAUACUCCUUUGUUGGACCAUAAUCUCAAUAAUAGAGAUUCCAUUCAUAGACUUUGGUAAUGGCUAAAUCACUCAAUGAUCCUGGUUCCCCUUCGCUCGCAGACGAAAAACAUUUCAGCAAUUAUGACGGGCAGGCUGUUGAUGGAGGCGAAUCUACGCCAGACGGAGAUAACCUUGACGACCCGGCCGCAAAGCGAAAGCUUCUGAUGAAGCUGGAUCUCAGGGUCCUCCCAAUCUUUGCCGUACUCUGGUUCUUGACCUUCAUCGACCGAGUCAAUAUCGCGAAUGCAAAGGUUCAGGGCAUGGAAAAGUCUUUGAAUAUGAAGGGAAAUGACUUCAACGUUGCGCUGGUUGUGAGUUUCUUAGUAUCUCGCUAUCGUAUCCUGGGCUAAUUGACUCUCAGGUUUUCUUUGCAACAUUCAUCGCCUUUGAGGUCCCAUUCAACAUGGCCUUGGGUGCUAAAUUGAAAUGGCUUACCCCAGGUUACUUUCUUGGAGCUCAAUGUUUGAUUUUGGCUAUGUUCACCAUUGGACAGGGACUAGUGGAAACAAAAGAAGCACUGGUCGUCAUGCGGAUGUUUGUUGGUCUUUUUGAGGCAGGUAUUGUACCCGGCAGUAUCUUGAUCAUGUCCAACUACUAUCCUCGAUACAAUUUACAGUGGCGUAUGAGUUUACUUGCGGUCGCCAAUGCUUUAGCAUCCGCUUUUGGAGGAGUGAGUCCUUCUAGUAUAAUCUGUUAGUAUUAUUACUGACCUGUCGAUAGCUCAUCGCAUACGGCAUUAUUGAUAUGGAUGGGGAUCUUGGAAAAAAGAGUUGGAGAUGGGUUUUCAUCAUCGAAGGAUCCGUCACUGCUAUCUUCUCCGUCCUUGGAAUGCUACUCAUUGUUGACUGGCCCGAGAAACAGAGCUUUCUUACGGCCGAGGAGACACGCUUAAUGAAACAUCUUAUCGCCAAAGACUGCAACAAAUCUGCCAAAAUGGAUGUCCUCAACAAAGAUGCAGUCAUUCGAUGUAUCACUGACUGGAAAAUCUGGAUUAAUGUCUUUAUAUACAUCGGAACCGUCUGUGUUACUUACAGCAUCAACCUCUUUGGCCCUACUAUCAUUGCCGGUCUCAACCCCAAAUUCACACCCAAGGAUAUCCUUCUCCGGACGGCACCGGUCUUUUUGGUCUCUGCUGUCUUCUGCUUGGCAAGCGCCUGGAUCUCUGAUAAACUCAAGCACAGAUCUGGUGUAGUCAUAACCGGGUACCUGAUUUCCCUAGUAGGAUUUUGUAUAUUUCUUACUGGCAAUGGCGUUGUCACACAAGGUGUUCGAUAUAUGGCCAUCUACUUUGUUUCCGUCGGCACAUUUAUCUCUCUUCCAGUUCUCUGGUCGCUUAUGGCCAACAACGUGUCUGGGGUGUACAAGGUUGCGUUUGCAUCUUCCAUGCAAAUCGGACUGGGAAGUGCCGGCGGUAUCGUGGCAAGUUUUGCGUACCAGACCAAGGACGCUCCUCUAUACCACAACGGGCAUUAUUUCAUUUUGUCUCUUAUGCUGAUGGCGCUUGUUUGUGUUGUUGCAUUCGAUGCCGGUUUGUUCUUCGAGAUGAAAGCUCGAAAGGAAGGGAAAAGAGAUGAUCGAUUGACCAGCCCCGAGGUUGAUAAUAUGGGUGAUGAUCACCCACAUUUCGUUUUCACGUAUUAGUCCUGAGGGAUACCUGGCUUUCUCUUGUAUUUGAUCAUAUUAAUUGUUUAGUUUAAUAACUUUAUCGCACAGUCGUGGCGUAUUGU